CCGGAACCGCCUAACAUAAGUUACAUUUGACAUUUGAAAUCGGCCGUAGUAUCAUAGAAAAUUCUGACAGUUCCGAACCAUCACAAGAAUAAUGUCGUUUUUAUUACAUUUUUUGAUAAAUUAUUAUUCUAGUUUCGAUCCGGCGGUGAUACAACGGCCUUAUCGAUUUUCCUAUUUAGCGCACCACAGUUUAUUGUACUUUUUCGAAAGGUCUACGUUUGUGUGUCUAGCCGCUUUCAAAAAUUAUUUAAGUGUUUUCUCAACGGGUACAGACGUCGAAUGCGUUCUCGUAAAUUGGUAGUAAUUCGAUUCAUUACAGUGAUAAAUAUCUUGUUGGAAUAUGGGUUAGCAAGAGGAGGAAUUAUGUGACAGUGAUUUUAUGGUGUGUGUGUGGUGAAAAUUGUUUUUACUAUUUUGUAUUAAACAUUCCAAUCGUGAAAGUGUUGUGUUUAGUGCGUACGGAUGCCGAUACCCUGUUUGAAUCUUGGAUGCAUCGUGAUUCGCCUCACAUACUUACGUUACUUAAGGUGUAACAUAUCCGCGGCAGGAUGGCGCCGCAGCAGUAUUGCCUCCGGUGGAAACAUCACCACUCGAACGUGCAGAGCAUGUUCGCGCAGCUGCUAGAGAAAGAACGUUUCUGCGAUGUGACGCUGUACUGCUCGCCGAAUUUCGCGACGCAAGUUUCGAACAAAGAUGUCGACGCGCAGAAUAUACGUGGGGUGUCCCUCAGGGCUCAUAGAGUCGUGCUAGCGGCAUGCUCCGAGCUGCUCGGCGCGCUGCUCGGCGCGCACGAGUCGCUCGGCGAGCCGGUGCUCGUGAUAGACGGCGCCGAGCCGCGGCACGUGCGCGCGCUGCUCGACUACAUGUACACCGGCGAGAUGAGCGUACACCACUCGCAACUCGCCGGCCUCCUGAAAACGGCCGAAGAGCUUCGUAUAAAAGGGCUCUCGGACAUCCGGUGGAGUAACAAGGACGAACCGCCCGAUUGUGCCACAGGAGCAGUGACCGCAACGCAAUUGUCCAAGCCCGAAGACAAGCCAAUUGAUAAGAAUACACAUGACGUCAAGAAUGCACCAGACUUUAAGAAUACACUGGACGCUAAGAAUACACACGAAGUUAGAACGAAUUUUAACGCGAAGAAUGACAUGGAAAGGGUUCAGUUUAAAUGCGAAGACGAUGAUCUUGGAAAGGAGAAGUGUAUAAAUGGAGGCCCACCGCCAUUGAUAAAGCUGCCGGUUAAGGAUAACAAGAAUAGCCUUUUGAAACGGGAUCACUCUGAUACUGAAAGCCAAAGUCCCAAACGGCAAAGGUUGACGAGCGGCACUGAGCACACGGACGACGAAUCAUCGGCGCAUACUAUAAAAACGGAAAGAGAAGAAUGGAGACACGGGAAUUUGGACAUAACAGCGGAACGCGUGGUCGGUUGGGGCGCGAGCGGGGUGGAGCGCGGCGACUGGUCGCGCGACGCGUCGGACGACGAGUGGGCCGACCCGCCCGCCGACAUCGGCUCCUUCCUGCACACGCGCCUGCGCGUCGACGGCGACAACAGCGCCGACGAAGACUCGGAUGAUAGCGCAAUGGCGGUGGUCGGUGCGCGGGCGCAUGCUUCGUCUUCUUCAUCUACGACUAGCACUUCGCACUUGGAUUUGCCUAAACCGUCGAAAAGCAACAGCGGUGUGACGGACCCCCGUUUCUCUGAUGUGGUCAAACUGAACGACUAUCUAAGACAUGGUAGGCGACCGCAGUUUUGGGAAGAGCACUAUGUUAAAAGGGUGAUGGACGCAGUACGACUGAAAGAGUUGGAAAUGAAACAAGCCGCGGAAAUUUUGGGUGUCAGCUACGGGACAUUAUAUGGGAGAUAUAGGGACGUGUACGGGUGUAUCAAUAGACCCUAUAGUAAUUUCAGAACGGCGCGCGACUUCUGGCAAGCGAAGGGACCCUCGGAAGUGCUGGACCGGCUCCAGCGCGGGGAGCUCAGUUUGGAGUCUGCGGCGCUGGCCCUGGGCGUCAACCCGUCCAAGUUGGCUGCGUAUGUCGCUGAUGGUCCACCUGUGCUUGAUGCGGAGAAGGAUAAAAAUUUGGCUUAUUUCUUGCGGCAUACUGAGGACGCAGUUCUAGGUAUAAGCGUACCAAACCUGUCCAGUUACGUGUCUUCGGACAUUCAGACUAAAAACAAACAAGUGGACAGAGACUCGGUUGAUUUAGACACGGACGCAAUAUAUCCAAUGGACGCGAAGGGACGGCCGAGGUCGUAUUUGAAGAAAGAGAUUACACAGACUAAGACUAAAAAAUCGAUAAGCAACACGGAUGAAGAGCUAUCAGUGAUCGUGUCAUCGACACCGGACACUUCGAUAUUUACGUCACCGCAGCCCACACAGAGCAGCUCAUGGCCGACAAUACGCGUGGCGAGCAUAGAGUCCCUCCGAGGCUCGGACACCACAACCCCAUCGCCCUCCCAACUGAUGAAAACACGACCGGACCUCACCAUCAUAGCCGCGAAACGGGAUAAAGACGAGACGUGAUAGAUUCGUCAAAAAUAACGCCUUAACUGUGCUACAUGACAGCUGUCAAACGUCACCUGUCACCUGUCAAAUGUCGGUUUUCAGCUGUCACUUGUCACUUCUUUUUUGUUCGAUUACGGCAAUGAGCGGAGACUGCCAGUGUCUAGUUAAAAAAAAUAAAAACGACGUGUGUCACUCGGGGACUGUCGCGCUAAAGCUAUUGCAUGCUAUGCCUUCAAGCCACACCUCCGCCCGUCGGAGUGGGGAGCGUGAGGUUUUUUCGUUACGGAAUUUCUCAAUUCGGUCCCCACGCUCAAGGCCCGCGAUAGAAGCUAUGCAAUAGCUUAAAAAAAAAUGUCACUUGUCGGUUUUUUUUUCGAAUAUGACAAUGAGCGAAUCGUGAUUUUUUUUCUGUUCUGUGUCAGCUGUCAGCUGCCUGUGUUCUAUGUGAAUGUCAAGUGUUAGCGUUAAAUGUUUCCUUUUUAUUUACCUACACACCUGCCAGUGUCGAGUAAUUUUUUUUUCAAACUAUUUUUGGCUGUGGAGUGUAGAAAUGGUUGUUUUUUCACUGAUUUUCGUAUUGCUCAAUAGAGCGAGAUAAAAUAAUUUAAUAAAAUUAUUUUAUGUUUUCCGAGUUCCGACGCCUAUUAUUCAACGUUUUCAUUAUCGACUUCUCAAAUAAUAUUUUUCAUCUUACUUCUACACUCCAUGGCUUUUAUGUUACUUUUGUCUAAAAUUUAAAGUACCAAAAAUAGACAACUUCGAAUAUUUGUGUAUGAGAAAGUAGCAUAGAGAUUUAAUCUCAUUUCUUUAUUUUGAUUCUUAAAAAGUUUUCAAUCGAGAAUAUUUUUUUUGAUUGCGUUUUGUAUAAAAAUAGGAUCAGUGAAAUCUAAUCCUACAUCUUAAGAAUACCUAUUGUCUUUUAUUUAAUUUAAAUAAAAUAAAACAUACUCUCAUAUACAAAUAUUUAUUAUACCCAAUAAAAGAAUUAUAAUGUCAUGAAAUCAAAAUACGGUUUCCAUUAUUUGUCACACUUCAAGUAAUUUGAUUACGAGAUAUUAAAGCUUUAUUACAAAAAACGUUUAAACAAAAUUACUAAAAAAAAAUAUUAGUUUAAAAAAAACAAAUUUAUUAUAACAAAUAAUAUUUUUUUGUUGUACACGAUUGGAAAAUUACAUUAAUGAAAUGAUAACAUACACACAAAAUCUUAUUAAUGACAUUACUAUUGAAGUAAUGAUUCUAUCUUUCAUACGAUAGUCGAUACCAAAGCAAAUAUCAUUAAAUAAAAUUUUUGAAAUAUUUAUCACUAGUGGUUCGCCCCAGCUUCGCCCGUGGUACAUAUUU